AAAAGCAGUCUUUUUCACACCUGAUUUCAUUUAUCGGUUUGUGUAAUUGAAUUAUAAUUUAAUUAAUCAAUUAAUAGAUUCUCUCCCUCUGAGAUUCAUCACCACCACCAUCAUCGGUGUAUAUAAAUAUCAAUAUUUACAGUCAAUUCUUGUUAUCGAUUGUUGAUGGACUCGCCGGAGGGGGGAAGAAUGGGAGGAGGAAUUGUUCUGGAUUUUCCGGUGGGGGAUAAUACGGCACCGCUAGCGGCGACGCCGUUGACACUACCAAAAAGGCUGCGUGAAAGGCUCGCCACCGAGUGUAAGACGCCGAGUACUGUAGAAGAAAUUGAGGCCAAGCUUCGGGACGCAGAUAUUCGUAGAGAGCAAUUUUAUAAGAAAGUGUCAAGCAAGGCAAGACCAAAGUCAAGAAGCCCUUCUCAAUCUUCAUCUCAUGAAGAAGAGCUCAGACAGCGCCUUCAAGCAAAGCUCCAAGCUGCUGAGCAGAAAAGGUUGAGUAUUCUGGCAAAGGCUCAAAAGCGCUUAGCUAGGUUGGAUGAGUUGCGGCAAGAAGCUAAAUCAGGGGUUGACAUGCGUUUCGAGAGGGAAAGUCAGAAGCUUGGCACAAAAGUAGAAUCACUGGUCCAGCAGGCAGUGGCAAAUAGAAUGCUUAUCGUCAAGGCGCAUUGGCAAAGAAGAGCCACUCUAAAGGAGAGAUCAUCUCAGUCAUUAUUGCGAAGGGUGGCUCGGGAGUAUAGGUAUAAGGAGCGUGUGUGUGCUGCAAUUCACCAGAAGCGUACGGCCGCAGAGAAAAAACGAAUGGUAUUGCUGGAAGCCAAGAAGAAGAGAGCGCGUGCUAGGGUGUUGCAGGUGCAGCAAGUAGCCAUUUCCAUCUCUCACCAACGCGAGAUUGAGAGGAGGUGGCUGAGAGACCAGUUGGAAGAUCGACUUCAGAGGGCAAAGUACCAGAGAGCAGAAUAUUUGAGGAAGAGAGGAAGGCAGCGUAAUUAUGUUCGAGUGAACUGGAAUAGGUUGCACAAGCAGCAGGCUGAUAUACUUUCUAGAAAAUUAGCAAGGUGCUGGAGACAUUUCCUCAAGACUAGGAGAACUACCUUAUACCUGGCCAAGGCUUACGAUGCCCUGAACAUAAAUGAAAAUCAUGUGAAGUCACUGCCUUUUGAGAAGCUUGCUCUACUGAUGGAAUCAACUGAUACUCUGCAGACUCUUAAAUCACUACUGGAGAGGUUGGAGAACCGUUUUAAGCUUGCAAAGGCUUCUACUUCUACCAAUCAUCGGUCUGGUUUAGAUGGUUCGGAUGACAUUGAUCACCUUCUAAGAAGAGUUGCCACACCUAAAAAGAGGACUAUUUCGAGGAGUUCCAUGAGGGGUAGAGAUGUAAAGAAAGUAUCUUCAGUCAGGGAGGGAAUCAAAGGUCCUGCUAAAUUGUCAAGGUAUCCAGUGAGAAUUGUUCUUUGUGCUUAUAUGAUAUUGGGUCAUCCAGAUUCUGUCUUCAGUGGGCGAGGAGAGCGUGAAAUUGCUUUGUCCAAAUCUGCAAAAGAAUUUGUCCUAGAGUUUGAGUUGUUGUUGAAGAUAAUAUUAGAGGGACCCAUACAAAGUUCUGAUGAGGAAUCUGACACCACUAUAUCACAGAAACGUUGGACUUUCAGGUCUCAGCUUGCAACUUUUGACCGAGCAUGGUCUUCUUACUUAAAUUGUUUCGUAGUGUGGAAAGUCAGGGAUGCUCAAUCCUUGGAGGAGGAUUUAGUUAGAGCAGCUUGCCAGCUUGAGCUCUCAAUGAUUCAAAAAUGCAAGCUUACUCCAGAAGGGGAUAAUGAUUCUCUUACUUAUGAUUUGAAGGCCAUUCGGAAACAGGUUGCAGAGGACCAAAAACUUAUUAGGGAUAAGGUAAAACACUUGAGUGGAGAUGCUGGGAUUGAGCGUAUGGAAUGUUCUUUAUCUGAGACACGCUCUAAAUACUUUGAGGCGAAGGAAAAUGGAAGUCCUGUAGGAUCACCAAUAUUGUCUGUUUUGUCUCCAGGCUCACCUAGUUCUAGUUCUCCUGCUCGCACAUCUUAUGAUUCUUACUCAGACAGACAAAGUAAUGUGAUUGAGGGCACUGAGAAAACAAGCCGUGUUGUUCGGUCCUUGUUUAGGGAAGAUAAUUCUUCAUCAUCUGAAAAUUUUGGUUCUUUCUCAUCAAGGAGCAGCUACUUAGACAGUCAGCUGUACACUGAGAAUGAAGUAAUUGUUAAUGAAUUUCUACAUGACCACCAUGCUGUUUUGGAUGGUGUCAAUAAUUCUCAUGAAGAUCAAAACAGUAUAAAGUUGAAGAUCAGAGAGACAAUGGAGAAGGCUUUCUGGGAUGCUAUAAUAGAAUCCAUGAAACAGGAUAAACCUAACUAUGACCAAGUUGUCCAACUCAUGAGAGAGGUAAGGGAUGAAAUUUGCGAUAUGGCACCCCAGAGAUGGAAACAAGACAUUGUUGAAGCUAUUGAUUUAGAAGUUUUUUCCCAGAUUCUUAAAUCAGGUAACUUGGACAUUCAUUGCCUUGGAAAGAUUCUAGAGUUUGCAAUGGCCACUCUGCAGAAGCUUUCAUCUCCAGCUAGUGAUGAUGAAAUGAAGGCUACUCAACAGAAUUUAUUGGAAGAGUUGAGUGAAAUCUGUCAAGACAAUGAUGAGUCAAAGUUUUCUCAUGUCACUGCAAUGAUUAAGGGUUUGCGCUUUGUCCUGGAGCAGAUUCAGGCACUAAAGAGAGAGAUAAGCAAAGCACGAAUAAGAAUGAUGGUGCCUUUGUUGAAGGGGCCUGCUGGUUUGGAUUAUCUCAGAGGUGCUUUUGCCAACCGUUAUGGAUCCCCUGAUGAUGCCUGCACAUCUCUACCGAUGACCGUGCAGUGGCUUUCAUCUAUGUGGACUUGUAAAGAUCAGGAGUGGAUAGAACAUUCGAAUCUUCUCUAUCCUUUGCUUCGACCCAAAAGUUCAUAUAAGGGUUUUCUUCCUUCGACAGUCCUUAGAACUGGAGGAAACUCUCUGGCUAAGACGAACCAGAGUCAAAUGGAUGGAAAUGCUGCAGGCCAUCAACUACCAGAAUGCAAUGGAGAAAGAGUUGAUUUGUUGGUGAGACUUGGUUUGUUGAAGCUAGUGAGCGGGAUCGAUGGUCUGAAGCAAGAAGUUCUGCCUGAAACUCUCAAGUUUAAUUUUGCUAGAUUGAGAGCAGCUCAGGCUCAAAUUCAAACGAAUAUUGUAAUUUCUACCAGCAUUCUUGUUUGUCGACAAAUGCUCAUGAGCGAUCAAGUAGUUGCCAACACAACAGACAUGGAAAGCACUCUCUUGAAGUGCACUGAACAAGUUUUAGAGCUCAUAGAUCAUGUUGAGGAUGUUAGCAUUGAAGAAAUUGUCGAAACUAUGAGUGGGUUCUUGAAAAUUUCCGAGAAGGUUGUAGAUACAGAAAAGCUUCGAACGAGGAAACUAGUAAUGACAAGGACGUUAGCGAAGAGCUUGCAAGCUGGGGAUCCUGUGUUUCAGAAGGUGUCCCAUGCAGUUUAUCUGGCUGCAAGGGGAGUUGCCCUUGGCGGUAAUGGACCUGAAGGUAAGAAAUUAGCUGAGAUUGCAUUGCAGCAGGUCGAAGCGGUUGCCCUGACUGGAACGGUGGUGGAAGUUGCUGAAGUGUUGGGUGUGAUGGGAACGAUAUCUAUUGGUGUUCAUGGACCCUGGUACCGGAACCUGAUUGAAAGCUUGUGAAAGCUUUGUGCAUUUGUUAAAUAGCAAACUAAUAAUACACAGAUGUACAUACUAGGUGUGUAAAGGCUCCGUAAUGUGGUCUGUCUAGUUGGACUGUUAUCAUGUAUCGUGUACAGUUGUGUCUUAAACAGACAAGAUGUAAAUAACAUUCGAACGACAUUGAUGAAGGUCCUAUGCAGUCUGCAAUCUGCAAGACUGCAUUGUUACGCAACUUCGAAAGCAUUGGUGUGCUCUUAGUGCAAGGCCCAUUGGGCUAAUACGUGAGAAGGCCCAUUGGGCUAUUAUUUGAGAAA